ACGUUAACCAAAAAAGAUUUUAGAAUGGUCAAUACGCAAGAGCGCAGCAACAAGAGUGCAAAUGUUAAUGAAAUUGAACAGUUGAAGAAGGGUUCGUCGAAUUCCAGCAGCAGUGUAGGUUCCUCGUCGUCCUCCUCCUCCUCGUCCACAUCGUCUUCAUCCAUAUCGACAUCAUCCAGUUCAUCAUUGUCCAAUGUUGGAUCUGCAUCAUUGUCACAGCCAUCGUCACCAGCUAUCUCUGCUGCGCCUGUAAAAUCAUCGGCUUACACAAAUUCAAAUACCUCAGCCAAUUUUGUUGCUAAGAAUGCAUCAGCACAUGCUGCUGCCGCUACAGCUACAGCAGCACAAUCCCAUCACAAAUUGAUACCCAUACAGAGUGUGCUAAAUACAAAUUCAGUUGCCGAUCAAUCACAACAGCAGCAAACGCAACAGCCACCACAACAACAACAUUUGCACCAUAACAAUCAUAAUACCACCUAUCAUAACUCGGCCUAUAAUCACCAUUCAUCAUCCAACAAUUUACAGUUUCCCCAAAGUGGUGGUGGCGGCAGCAGUGGUACUGCCACUCAUCUCAAUGUUCCCAACACAACCUUGCAAAAUUUCUUGUCUGGUGCGGCAACACAUGCCCAAUUGCCAACCGAACUACCACACGAGGAUGAAGAACGUUUGGGUAAUCUUUUCAAACAACUCGAUCGUGAUGGUAACGGUCGCAUCGAUAUACAUGAUCUGUCGGAGGCAUUACGAGAAUUUGGUCUGUCAAGUGUAUAUGCUGAGAAAUUCUUGGAACACUCUGAUAAAACACAAAGUGGCGAUGUGGGUCUUGCUGAAUUUGUACAUUAUGUUCGAGAACAUGAGAAAAAUUUACGUUUGCAAUUUUCACACUUGGACAAAAAUCGAGAUGGCAAAGUCGAUUUGGAGGAGUUGAUAUCGGCAUUUAUGGACUUAGGAAUCGAAGUAGACAUGGAAGAAGCCAAACAUUUACUUUCCAGAAUGGAUCAGGAUGGUAGCUUAAAUAUUAGCUAUAAUGAAUGGAGAGAUUUUUUAUUGUUGGCACCCUCUUCCGAUAUACACGAUUUAAUUAAAUUUUGGCGGCAUUCUACUAACGAAAGACGUCGUGGUUGUCGUCGUUUUCGUCAAAAUAUAACGUCAAGCCCACAAGACAAAACAUAG